AUGAGCGCUGUUACCACGAGCACGUCCGCGUCGGACGCGACUCUGAUAAGCUCGUCUACCGAGCAGAAGACGGACGAGGACGGUUCCGCCGGCGCCACGGUGAAGACGGAGGUGUUCCGUACGACGGGCGCGAACGGAAGCGUCAUCACCAAGACGGUUCGCACGACGAUCCGUAAGCUGACUACUUCCAGCGGUGUGGUGAAGCGUAAGAUCGAGGUGCAGACGACGACGGUGACGAAGACGGCGUCGGGUGAGACGAGCACAACUGUGGAGACGGAGACCCGCGAGGAGAUCGACGACGACAGCCGUGCGAUGAGCGCUGUUACCACGAGCACGUCCGCGUCGGACGCGACUCUGAUAAGCUCGUCGACGGAGCAGAAGACGGACGAGGACGGUUCCGCCGGCGCCACGGUGAAGACGGAGGUGUUCCGUACGACGGGCGCGAACGGAAGCAUCAUCACCAAGACGGUUCGUACGACGAUCCGUAAGCUGACUACUUCCAGCGGUGUGGUGAAGCGUAAGAUCGAGGUGCAGACGACGACGGUGACGAAGACGGCGUCGGGUGAGACGAGCACAACUGUGGAGACGGAGACCCGCGAGGAGAUCGACGACGACAGCCGUGCGAUGAGCGCUGUUACCACGAGCACGUCCGCGUCGGACGCGACUCUGAUAAGCUCGUCGACCGAGCAGAAGACGGACGAGGACGGUUCCGCCGGCGCCACGGUGAAGACGGAGGUGUUCCGUACGACGGGCGCGAGCGGAAGCAUCAUCACCAAGACGGUUCGCACGACGAUCCGUAAGCUGACUACUUCCAGCGGUGUGGUGAAGCGUAAGAUCGAGGUGCAGACGACGACGGUGACGAAGACGGCGUCGGGUGAGACGAGCACAACUGUGGAGACGGAGACCAGCGAGGAGAUCGACAGUGAUUCUGUGGGUCUUAUGAAUAUUACUUCUCGUACUGGUAAGGGUUCUGCCUUGUGGAACAUGAGACGCCGACGUCUUGUCAAGACCUGGCUACCUCGAUUCGUUUCGUAUGUGCAACGCCGUGGUCGUAGCCUGUCUAAGGCUAUGCCAAGGAAGGAGCUGCUCAACUUUGCUCGUGAUUUCUGCGACCAGAACUUCGUAAGCUUUGAGGAUGGAUUCUUCAAUAUGGGCACGUAUGAAGAAAAGCGAGCUACGUGGACAAUUGCGCGCUCGCUCUCGUUCCAUUAUCCUGGUGUUGCCGUUCAACAGUUGGGUCUGGGCGUAGUAAAGUUUCAGCGAACGCUGCUGAUUGACGAGGUGUAUCGCUCGCGCCAUGGACCUGACGGUACUCCGUUAAUGGAGGUGGAGUUCGUGCUCUCAGCGCUUCAAGUGGUACCGAAGAAAUGUGCGUACUACGAAGACGUUCUGAUUCUUGAGAACGGCGAAGUGCUGUUCCACGGAACCGGUGAGUCCCUGAUCACUUACUUCCACGAACUUGGUUUCGUGUGUGCACCGGAGGUGAACGUGUCCGACUACCUGCUAAACCUGACUGAAGAGCAACAGAUCCAACACCAAGUCACAAUGAUUCAAGGUUUCAACAACCAACGCCAGCUGCGCCGUAGCCGCAUGUUCUCCGGAUUAAUGAAAUACUCGGACGAUAUGGUGCUCAUAACUGGUGGACCUGGUGCUGGCAUUCCGUCGAGGACAAGUACUCCCGUCGGUAGUCCGGUGCGUAGUGGCUCGACCGCUAGGUUAAGCACGUCAUACUCGCCUCUCCGGCGUCAACUGAACGCUCGCGAACCUCUGGGUAGGUCGCCGUACGGAUCGCCGACGAGUUCUCCUGCGGGCUUUGCGUCACCGCAUUCGACAAGCGCGACGAGGAGCAUGAGGAUCACCGCCUAUUCGCCACCUAAGUCGAAGCAGACGACCAAAUCUAUGGGCAUCUCCGGUGUCGGCUUCGCUUCGCCUCUGCCCACCAAGACAGCUCGCGGUGCCACACAGACAGCCACGUACUCGACGCCUGUGAGAAGCCAGUCGACUACCACAGCGGGCUCAACAACGACCCGCAAGAUCACCGUCGAGGGCGACUUCACUGUGAUCACGACGGAGCUCACGUCGCCUCAUGGUACCAAGCGAGUGUCCACCACACGCCAACCUGGUUCCAGCACCAGUGCUGCCUAAGGAGACCAUCUUUUUAUAUCGAAGCAAGUUUCUACAUGACAUGAAGUUUGCAUGUUCUGCAUCUUGAAAUAAUGCAUGUUUAUUAUUAUAUUAAAAUAAGUUUUUUU